AUGAUAAUUCCAGGGCAUUUCGCUGAGCUGGUGAGCAGUGAUUGGCCGAGAGGGGCUGGGGCGGGAGCGGGGGCAGGGGAGGGGGAGGGGGAAGGGGCGGGAGCAGGGGUGGAGGCGGGGGAAGGGGCGGGGGCGGGGAGGGGGGAGAGGAGGGAUUCCGGGGCAGGGGCGGGGGCAAAGGGGAGUUCGGGGGAAGGGGCGGGCGCAAGAGUCGGGGCUUCGAGGGGAGGUGGGGGAGGGGGUUGGCGGCGGCGACGGGGGCGAGGGGAAGAGCGAGGAGGGGGGGAGGGUGGGAGGGAGAGAGGGGGGGAUGCGAUAGGUUCUGAUAUAAGGGGAGGGAGGGCCGGUUCAGAGGCAGAGGGUGAGGGAGAGAGCGAAGAAAAAGCAGCUUCAGGGGUUGCAGGAGGGGGUGCGGAUGCUGAAGUGGGACCUCUGCGGGAAGGGGGGAGCUUGGGGAAAGGAGGAUCAGUGGUUUCUGCAGGAGCAGAAUCUAAAGCUGAUGUGGCAGAUGGAUUUGAUGUGGUGGAUCGAGAGGCUGCAGAGGAGGACCGGGAGGAGGAGGAAAGGGAGGAGGAGGAAAGGGAGGAGGAGGACCGGGACGAGGAGGAAAGGGAGGAGGAGGACCGGGACGAGGAGGAGGAGGAGGAGGGUCGAAAGGUGGGGGGAGUGGAGGAAGAGGGCCGGGAGGAGGAGGAGGAGGGUCGAGGGGAGGGGGGAGAGGAGGAAGAAGGCCGGGAGGUGGGAGGGGGAAGGGAGGAGGAGGAAGGAGAUGAGGAUGCAGCAGCAGCAGCAGCAGCAGCAGCAGAAGCAGUAGUGGGAGAAGAUGCAGACGCAUCUUCCACGAGGCGGAACCGUGAAGCCAUGCCCAUGCCGUGCCAGAAGCCAGCCUCGCGUGCGGCAGCCAUUGCACUGCGGUCCUGCGACCCCACUGCUGCACCGUGCCUGUGGGCUGGCUCUGAAGCAGCGGUAGCUGUGGCAACGGCAAGCAAGAUGCACAGCACAGCGGCGCAUGGCCGCACAAGGACUGCUCCUCCACUGUUCCGCACGAGGAUGAGAAGCGCUCCACCAUUUCGCACGAGCUUCUCCCGUAGCGGCAUCAAAGGGCGGUGUCGCAGGGACAAGUGUCUCUGUACCCGAUAG